AUGUACGCCUUCUACCCAGGACCCAACAAGGGCGCCCAGGUCGGCAUGCAGGACCCCAAGACGGGCGAUAUCUGGGUCAACUACUGCAAUGCCAACGUUGCCGGUGCGCCGCUGUUUCCCACCAAGAACCCCAAUGUGCUGCCCACCAAGAACAAGCCCAAGAUUGGCAGCAGCAUGGCGGCCACGGGCUGGUGGGAUUCGCAGCACGUAAUUGCUUCCGUCUUCUGGCAAUCAACAACUGGUCAAAUCGUCAACGGCUUUUACCAGUGCGACCCCGAGUCUGGCAGCUUUAUCCAGCAGGGAGAGUAUAACAUCUCAGACACAGCACAGGUCACGUCCAUCCACGCCAAGACGGGCCUGUCCGUCGAGCUGCUGGGAAGCACCGCUGGUUACCGAGUCUUUUAUCACGACGAGGACAGCCAGGUCCAUCAACUGUCGUACACCACCAAGACGGACUGGAACUACUACGGCGCCGUCUCGCAGGAUCCCACCUUCAGCACCGCCCUGGCAUCUAUCCAUUCCAACACCAACAACAUUACCGUCAUCUCUCCCAAGAGCGCCAAGGACAUCGAGGUUUCACGAUACAACACUGAUGGCACCUGGCACAUUUCCGCAUUUCCGGAGACAAUCCAGAACUCUCCCACAAACAAAACCGCCCCUUCCAAAAUCGCCAUCGACCCUAAAGUAACCCCCAAGUUCUCUCUCCCAGCCUGGACUGGCAAGCCCGGAGGCCUGGGAGCCGCCGUAGACAACUCCUUCACCCGCACCGCCUUUUACAUUGGCAGCGACAAGAAGCUUUACGAAAUCGCCAGCAUCAACUUCAUCUGGCAAAUGCUGCCCAACCAGUCCGCAUCCUCAUGGCCCUUGGCUGACGAUGCAAAUGCCGAGCUGGCAGUCACUUACAACCAGCCCACCAAUGAGGCUUGGGUGUACUACAUCUCCAACAGCACCCUCGUCCAGGCUUACCGAGGCACCGACGGCACCUGGGGCAAGUUUACUGUGCUGCCAACCUCGGUCAGCACCCCCGGAGGCGGUUCCGGCGACGGCGACAGUGGAUCUGGAUCUGGAGACGACGACAACAACAACAAGACGGCAAGCGCCGGACUGUCCACCGGAGCCAAGGCCGGCAUUGGUAUCGGUGUCAGCGUCGGAGCCAUCGGUAUCGGUCUCCUCGUCUUCCUCUUCUUCCUCCGCAGACGGCGACAACGCGCAGCCGCCCUCGCCGCCGAAGCUGACAAGGAGCAGCCGCCCAUCAACUUGGGUCAAUACCACUCUCCCAGCGAGCAGGGUCUCUAUUACAUGGCUGACGGAAGCGUAGCACCGGCAUACACCCCGCAAACGCCGUACGACUCGCCCGACGCCGUCAAGAAGAGCACGCCCGACAUGAACAUGCACCCGGCCAACAUGGCCUCGCCGCUGGUGGAGAUGGAGCAGCCGCCCACGAUUUAUGAGUUGCCGCCGACGAAUUUUAGUUAUGAACUUCCUGCAGAGAGCGUGGAGCAUAGGUGA